AUGGAAUCUUUUAUUUCUUCCCCUUUUUUUAAUAAUGUUAUUAAAAAAUUUCCAGCUAUUUCUAGUUUUCCCACACCAUUUCAACAUUUGAAUGUUAAUUACGCUUUACCAUUAGCUUUUACAGGAUUUGCUUUAAUUUUGACUAAUGAUAAUGAACCAUCUAACAUCAUUCAGAAGCAUACACAAUUUGUAAACAUCAGGAAUAAACGAAUUCGGAUCGUUCACAUUAUACAUGAACUUGGUGCAAAAGUGCCAUUAAUUUUAUUUAUUCACGGAUUAGGUGGCCAGGCAGCACAAUGGGAAUAUCAAAUUGAAUAUUUCUCAUCGACUGCAAAUGUUUUAGCUAUUGAUUUGGUUGGAUGUGGGAAAAAAGAUUAUACUACGGAAUCAUUAGUGGAAGAUCUAAUAGAAUUACUAAGACGUUAUCCAAGUGAUAAUACGGUAUUGAUUUGUCAUUCUUAUGGUUGUUGCUUGGGUACUUUGUUGUACCAACGUGUAAAACAAUCUAUAAAAGCUUUGACACUUAUUUCGGUAAAAGCUCAAACAACCGAAAAAGAUCUGGAACGACAGCGAAGAAUUCAAUCAAUACCUGAUAUUAUAUUUAAUAUUUUACGUAUGUUGGAUCGUCGAGGUGGGAUUCAUUCUACAAGUGUUAAUCGCAUGCUAAGCAAAACUGCAAAUGAUAUGAUUAGAUCAAAGCAACUUCUAUGGAAUAAACAAUCAAAAACUCAAGUUUUUAAAUGUAUGUUAAAGGGAGCGAAAUGGUUUACCAGAGAAAAUAUAGAUGCCAUCGAAUGUCCUUUAUUACUCAUUUCUGGUCAAGCGGAUGAAGUUACACCACCUAGCGAAAUGGCACUUAUACAUGAAUGGAAUAAUAAAGUAGGCGCAUCACCACAGCCUGUUAUCAUUCAAGAAUCAGGUCAUGUUCCAAUGUUGGAAAAACCGGAAUUGUUAAAUCGUAUAAUUAAUCAGUUCCUUAUAAAUGAAUGCAGACUUGCAACAUUGGAUCCAGCAUGGCAAAUAAUCUACGAAACCAAAGACGAAAAUAAAUGGUCAAUGAAAAAUUAUGAAAAGGUUAUGCGUCAGAAUGAUGAAGAACAUUGUCCGACGGCUUUUAUUGCACGGCACCCGGAAAUAGGAUUUAUUUUAGAUAUAACAAAAGAUUCACCACCAUAUCGAACAAGUGACUUUGACAAUUCUCAUAUCACUUACAUAAAAUUCAGUACAGCUAGUAAAAUUCCACCUUCACGUGAUGAGGUUAGAAAAUUUAUUCAAAUAGCAAAAGAAGCUUGGAAUAAGAAACCAGAUAAACAAAUUGUUGUGCAUUGUCACUAUGGGUUUAAUCGAACAGGAUUCAUGAUCUGUUCUUAUUUAAUCGAAGAAUUACAUUUAACAGUUGCGGACGCUAUCAAAUAUUUUGAAGAAGCAAGAAAACCAACUGGUAUCAGACAUCGUCAUUUCAAGGAUGAAUUAUUUCUAAGAUAUGAACCACCUCUUCGAAUGAAUCCACAUGUGCAAUUUAACAAUAUAAUUAAUCACAAUCAGCAUAACCUGAAUAAAUAUAUAAUUCAACAUCAUAAUCUUACUAAAGAUAUAUCUUCUAAUAAUAUAUCAGCACCGAUUAUCUUUCCUUCCUCAUCUAACAGAUCAUCAUCAAAUAGCAACAAUAAUAAUAACGGCGAGAAUGGUAAUAAAUUGUCUUCGCCAAUUGGUAUAUAA